GAUCGAUGAUAAUAAUAAUAUUCAGCAUGAGCUCAUAUUACAAGUGUUUUUGUUGUCUAUAGGUUUUUCAUUCAUUUAUAAAUUAGGAUAAUUCAAUUCUUUGUCCGGGUGACAAUGUCGACUAUAAAUAAAACAAAAUUAUCAGAUGUAAAGAUAACACCUGUCCAACAGAUGAUUUCAUCAUGUACCGGUUCAUUUCUGACAUCAAUUUUAGUUACACCAUUGGAUGUAGUAAAAAUACGUUUACAAGCACAGCAAAAAGAAUUUAUGAAAAAUAAAUGUUUUGUUUAUUGUAAUGGUUUGAUGGAUCAUGUUUGUUAUUGUUUAACAAAUGGUGGUAACAACAACAUCAACAACAACAACAAUAAUUCAAAAUUUAACGAUAAACAAAUUCAUGAUCUUUGGUAUCGACGACCAAAUUAUUUUAAUGGAACAAUGGAUGGAUUGAUCAAAAUUGCCCGUCAUGAAGGUAUCACAUCAUUAUGGAGUGGAUUGCCACCAACUUUAAUAAUGGCCGUUCCAGCAACUGUAAUGUAUUUUACCAUUUAUGAUCAACUACGUGAUAGACUUCGAAAAAAAUUUCAACAACAAACACAAAUUGAUAGUUUGGGAAAUUUACUAAUUCCAGCAAUGGCCGGUGGUUCAGCACGUAUGGUUGCUGCAACAGUAAUUUCACCAUUAGAAAUGAUACGAACAAAAAUGCAAUCACAAAAAUUAAGUUAUCAUGAAAUUCAUUUAGCCAUACGAAAAUUAAUACGUUCGGAAGGUAUAUUUCGUUUAUGGAAUGGUUUGAAUGCAACAUUACUUCGUGAUGUACCAUUUUCAAUAAUUUAUUGGUUAAAUUAUGAAAAUAUUAAACAUUUUCUAUUAAUCAAUGUCAAUAAUCGAAUUGAUGUGGAUGAUUUUGAUUUUGGUAUAAGUUUUUUUUCCGGUGCAAUUUCUGGUUCAAUUGCUGCAACAAUCACCUUACCAUUCGAUGUUGUUAAAACACAUAGACAAAUUGAAUUAGGUAAUCAAUUAAUUAAUGAUAAUAAUAAUUCAUCAUCGAAAAAAACUAAAGAUAUAUUGAAGAAAAUCUAUCAAGAACAUGGUUAUCGUGGCCUGUUUACCGGUAUUGUACCAAGAUUAAUAAGAGUUGCACCUGCAUGUGCCAUCAUGAUUAGUUCAUAUGAAGCGGGUAAGAAUUUUUUUCGACAUUAUAAUUAUUCAAAAAUGAUUGAACAACAACAGCAACAACUUGAAUCAACAACAAAGAUAACAAAUCAAUUUUAAUUACAUCAAUUCUAUCAAAGUCAUCGAUAAUCGAUGAUCGAUGAUCGAUGACCUAGUCAAAUAACAAAUUUUCCAUUUUGUAUCUAUAAAUUUUCUAUGUA